UAUUUUGGGCCACAGUCAUGUGGUCAUCACAGUUGCUGCUGUUCUUCACAAUUCUCUUGGUAUCUACAGUCCAUGCUUUUAGUCGUGCUCCCGUUCCUAUGGCAGUGGUCCGGAGGGAACUCUCUUGUGAAAGCUACCCAAUAGAACUCCGUUGCCCAGGAACAGAUGUUAUCAUGAUUGAAAGUGCCAACUAUGGCAGGACAGAUGAUAAAAUCUGUGACUCAGAUCCUGCUCAGAUGGAGAAUAUCCGCUGUUAUCUGCCAGAUGCUUAUAAGAUUAUGACUCAAAGGUGUAGCAACCGGACCCAAUGUGCAGUGGUUGCUGGCCCAGAUGUGUUUCCUGACCCUUGUCCAGGAACAUACAAGUACUUGGAAGUGCAAUAUGAAUGUGUCCCUUACAAAGUGGAACAAAAAGUUUUUCUUUGCCCUGGACUACUAAAAGGAGUAUACCAGAGUGAACAUUUAUUUGAAUCUGAUCACCAGUCAGGAGCCUGGUGUAAGGAUCCACUGCAGGCUUCCGAUAAGAUUUACUACAUGCCAUGGACACCUUACAGAACUGAUACUCUGACAGAAUAUUCUUCCAAAGAUGAUUUCAUUGCUGGAAGGCCAACUACAACUUACAAGCUCCCACACAGAGUGGAUGGCACAGGGUUUGUGGUGUACGAUGGGGCUUUAUUCUUCAACAAAGAAAGAACAAGGAACAUUGUCAAAUUUGAUCUACGGACAAGAAUAAAAAGUGGGGAAGCUAUCAUUGCUAAUGCCAACUAUCACGAUACAUCCCCUUAUAGAUGGGGAGGCAAAUCUGAUAUAGACCUGGCUGUUGAUGAGAACGGUCUUUGGGUGAUCUAUGCAACAGAACAAAAUAAUGGUAAAAUAGUCAUAAGUCAGCUAAACCCUUAUACCUUGAGGAUUGAAGGGACAUGGGAUACAUCCUAUGAUAAAAGGUCAGCUUCCAAUGCAUUCAUGAUCUGUGGCAUUUUAUAUGUAGUUAAAUCUGUGUAUGAAGACGAUGAUAAUGAAGCUACAGGAAAUAAAAUUGACUAUAUAUACAACACUGAACAAAGCAAGGAAAGUGUAGUGGAUGUUCCAUUUCCAAACUCAUAUCAGUAUAUUGCUGCAGUGGAUUAUAAUCCAAGGGAUAACCUUCUUUAUGUAUGGAACAACUACCAUGUGGUUAAAUAUUCAUUGGAUUUUGGACCAAUGGACAGCAGAACGGGGCAAGUACAUCAUGGUCAAGUUUCCUAUCUUGUUCCUCCAAUUCAUCUAGACUCAGAUCAUGAAAAACAAUCAUUUAAGGACACAUCAACAGCUGGAGGAAUAGGCCUGGGUGGGACUACCACAGGCACAACAAACAGAGCUAUUACAAGCAGUACUGUACACACAACCACUGCAUCAGCCUUGGGUAGAAGGAACAGAAGCACAACUACACUUUCUCCAGCUUUGGAUAGUCCAAAUGAAAUGACAACACAUCUGCCACCUGCCUCUUCCCAGCUGCCUGCAGUUGGUGCAGAGAGUUGUGAAACUGUGGAAGCUCGUGAGAUCAUGUGGUUCAAGACCCGACAAGGACAGAUGGCUAAGCAGCCAUGCCCAAAAGGCACUGUAGGUGUUUCAACGUUCCUUUGCCUUGCUCCUGGUGGAAAUUGGGAUCCUCAAGGGCCAGACCUCAGCAAUUGUUCCUCACUUUGGGUCAAUCACAUCACUCAGAAGUUGAAAUCAGGAGAGACAGCUGCCAAUGUUGCUAGAGAACUUGCUGAACAAACAAAAAGCCACUUGCAUGCAGGGGAUAUCACUUACUCAGUUCGUGCCAUGGACCAGUUGGUGGGGUUAUUGGAUGUGCAGCUUCGAAACCUGACACCUGGUGGAAAAGACAGUGCAGCACGAAGUUUAAACAAGCUUCAGAAACGGGAACGUUCCUGUAGAGCCUAUGUCCAGGCCAUGGUUGAAACAGUUAAUAACCUCCUGCAGCCACAAGCUCUAAAUGCAUGGAGGGACCUUCCUGCACGUGAUCAGCUGCGGGCAGCCACCAUGUUACUGGACACUGUGGAAGAAAGUGCCUUUGUGCUUGCAGAUAACCUCCUUAAGACUGAUAUUGUGAGGGAGAGCACAGACAACAUCCAGCUGGAAGUUGCAAGGCUAAGCACAGAUGGAAACCUGGAAGAUCUUAAAUUUCCACAGAAUACUGGCUUUGGCAGCACCAUCCAGCUGUCAGCAAACACACUGAAGCAGAACGGUCGAAAUGGUGAAAUCAGAGUGGCCUUUGUCCUAUACAACAAUCUGGGCCCUUAUCUGUCCACAGAGAACGCCAGCAUGAAAUUAGGGAUGGAAGCCAUGUCUACUAAUCAUUCUGUCAUAGUGAAUUCUCCCAUCAUCACAGCAGCAAUUAAUAAAGAGUUCAGCAAUAAGGUUUACUUGGCUGAUCCUGUUGUGUUCACUGUCAGACACAUCAAGCAGUCGGAAGAAAAUUUCAACCCUAACUGUUCAUUCUGGAGUUAUUCUAAACGCACAAUGACAGGAUACUGGUCAACUCAAGGUUGUCGGCUCCUCACAACAAACAAGACUCACACAACAUGUUCCUGUAAUCACUUAACCAACUUUGCUGUUCUGAUGGCCCAUGUGGAAGUGAAGCAUGGAGAUGCAGUCCAUGAUCUGAUACUGGAUGUCAUCACUUGGGUCGGCAUUCUUCUGUCCCUUGUCUGUCUCCUGAUCUGCAUUUUUACUUUCUGCUUCUUCCGCGGACUACAAAGUGACAGAAACACUAUCCAUAAGAACUUGUGCAUCAGCUUGUUUGUGGCAGAACUUCUCUUCCUUAUUGGAAUCAAUAGGGCAGACCAACCAAUAGCCUGUGCUGUGUUUGCUGCUCUCCUACAUUUCUUCUUCCUCUCUGCUUUCACUUGGAUGUUUUUGGAAGGAGUACAGCUCUACAUAAUGUUGGUGGAAGUCUUCGAGAGUGAACAUUCACGUAGAAAAUACUUCUAUUUGGUUGGCUAUGGCAUGCCUGCUGUAAUUGUAGCUGUUUCAGCAGUAGUAGACUACAAAAGUUAUGGCACUGGAAAAGUAUGUUGGCUUCGACUUGACACCUAUUUCAUUUGGAGUUUUAUAGGACCAGCAACUUUGAUCAUUAUGCUUAAUGUAAUCUUCCUUGGAAUUGCCCUUUAUAAAAUGUUUCAUCAUACUGCCAUUCUGAAACCUGAAUCAGGGUGUCUCGACAAUAUCAACUUUGAGGAUAACAGACCCUUCAUCAAGUCAUGGGUUAUAGGUGCAAUAGCUCUGCUCUGCCUAUUGGGACUCACCUGGGCCUUUGGACUUAUGUAUAUUAAUGAAAGCACGGUGAUCAUGGCGUACCUCUUCACCAUUUUCAAUUCUCUGCAGGGAAUGUUUAUAUUCAUUUUCCAUUGUGUUCUCCAAAAAAAGGUACGUAAAGAAUAUGGGAAAUGUCUGCGUACACAUUGUUGUAGUGGGAAAAGUACAGAGAACUCCAUCGGCUCAGGAAAAACUUCUGGGUCACGAACUCCUGGACGGUACUCCACAGGAUCACAGAGCCGAAUUCGCAGGAUGUGGAAUGACACAGUUCGAAAGCAAUCAGAAUCCUCCUUCAUCACUGGUGAUAUAAACAGUUCAGCAUCACUUAACAGAGAGGGGCUUCUGAACAAUGCCAGGGAUACAAGUGUCAUGGAUACUCUACCACUGAAUGGUAACCACGGCAAUAGCUACAGCAUUGCUAGCAGUGAGUACUUGAGCAACUGUGUGCAAAUAAUUGACCAUAGCUAUAACCACAGUGAGACUGCCUUAGAGAAAAAGAUUCUGAAAGAACUCACUUCCAAUUAUAUACCUUCCUACCUGAACAAACAUGAAUGUUCUAAUGAACAAAGUAGGAAUCUGAUGAAUAAAUUUGUCAAUAAUCUUGGCAGUGGGAGUGACAAUGAUGCCAUUGUUCUCGAUGACGUCACCUUGUUUAACCAGGAAGAUAACCUGGGCUUAGAACUCAUUCAUGAGGAAUCAGAUGCCCCACUGUUACCCCCAAGGGCAUAUUCUGCAGAGAACCACCAGCCUCACCAUUAUAGCAAAAGACGGAUUCCACAAGACAACAGUGAAAGUUUUUUUCCUUUGCUAACCAAUGAGCACACAGAAGACCUCCAGUCACCGAAUAGGGAUUCUCUUUACACUAGUAUGCCUGCUCUGACCAGCAUGCCAGGCACAGAAAGUGUCACCACCAGCACUCAGACCGAUCCCCCAUCAACUAAAGGUGGCGAUGGCGAUGACGUGUACUACAAGAGUAUGCCAAACCUGGGCUCCAGGAACCAUAUCCAACAGCUACAUACUUACUAUCAGUUGGGGAGGGGCAGUAGUGAUGGAUUUAUAGUUCCACCAAACAAGGAUGGGACCCUGACAGAAGAAACCUUGAAAGGACCAGCUCACUUGGUCACUAGUCUAUAGAACACUAAGUAAACGUUUUAAUAAAACA